CGUAGAUGUUGAAUUCUUUAAUGAAGAAAAAAUAUACUGUUAGAAAUAAUACCGGAAAAGUCACUGAGAAGAUCAUCGAAAGAAAACUCUACGACAUGAAAACCCUAAACGAGCUGUAUGAGUAUGAAAAACCCUCCCUUUCUCCAAAAGAAAAAUGUAGAAAACUAUGCCACAAACUGCUACCUGCCGCAUCUUUAAAACGAUUUCUCCCAAUAAUCGAUUGGUUGUACAAUUACAAUUUCAAAACCAUGUUAGCAGUAGAUUUAUUAGGUGGAAUAAACAUUGCAAUGUUGCAAUUACCCCAGACCAUGGCCUGCGCUCUAAUAGCAGAUAUCCCUGCUGUUAACGGCAUCUACACAGCAAUAUUCCCCGCCGUUAUUUACGCAAUAUUCGGAACAUCCAAGCAAAUUGCAGCAGGAGCAUUCAUGGCUGCCUCUCUAAUGACCGGAUUCGUAGUAAACGAGCACGCGACAGUUCGUACAAUCAAAAAUAUCAAACGAGUCUCCGAGCAAUUCACCGAAGUGGAAGUGGCGCAAACGGUCUCUUUCGCUGUCGCUUUGAUAGAACUGUGUAUGUAUAUUUUGAAGCUGGGCGUCGUAUCGCAAAUGCUGCCUCCGCCGUUCCUCGGCGCUUUCACCUGCUCCAUCGCCUAUCACAUAGUCGUUUCUCAAUUCAGGGACCUGCUGGGGUUGCCUACGGAGAAGCGCAGAGGAGUUUUCUCCCUACCUUUGACCGUGUAUGAUUUGGUAACGCACGGAAACCAAGCAAACGUAGUCACAUUGGGAAUAUCAAUCGCAUCUUGUACAGUCCUGUUGGCUAAUCGGUAUGUACUUAAACCGUGGUUAUCGAAGAAGACUGUAGUACCGUUCCCUGCUGCGAUGGUUUUGGUUUCUAUUGUAACAACCUUCAGCGAGCUCUUGGAUUUCAACAGAAAAUACGACGUCGCCGUAAUUGGGAUUAUCCCGACCGGAUUCCCGGAGAUGGUUUGUCCGAAAUUCCAUUUACUACCAGAUAUCCUGCUGGAUUCUUUGGCUAUUGUUAUCGUGGGUUACGUCGUGACGGUGUCCCUAGCGCUGGUUUUCGCCAGGAAAUGGUUGUACGAAAUCGACGCGAAUCAAGAACUACUGGCCUUGGGCGCUAGUAGCCUGUUCGGUUCGUUUACCGGGUGCCUUCCCAUGUUUGCAGCAGUACCAGUAUCUAUACUCAAAGCGCAAAUCGGUUGCAAAACUCAGUUAUCAGCGUUUGUUACCAGCGGAGUUUUGCUGAUUGUAGUACUCUGGAUCGGCCCCUUGUUCCGAGCUUUACCGAAGUGCAUAUUGGCCAGCUUGAUUAUCGUCGCUUUGAUGGACCUUCUGUUGGAGGUGCGUUAUUUCGUGAAAUGCUGGCGAUUGAGCCCUUGGGACGGCGUAAUAUGGACCACAACAUUUCUAACAACCUUCAUAUUUAACAUCAGUUACGGUUUAAUAGCCGGUCUCAGCGUAUCGCUGUUAAUAAUUUACCUCCAAGGGUACCUGUCGCCCGGAGUUGUUUUAGGAGUCGUUCCCAACACUGAUCUCUACUUGGACCUGGAGAAAUUCAAAGCGGCGGACGAAAUCAAAGGCGUGAAGAUCUUUCGCGGCUCGGGCGGCUUGAACUUCGUCGUAACGCAACGAUUUAGGUUGCUGCUGAUGAGGAAAACGGCGCUCGAUCCGAGCAAAGUGUACCAGACGAUGAUGAAACGAGGCGGGGAGCUUCUAAGCGAUGAAAUCAACAAGACGAAUUGCGUGGUAUUGGACUUUUCCAACGUCACCUUCAUCGAUAAAUCUGGCGUGGAUUCGCUCAACGGUUUGUUGGAGGAUUAUCGGCGUAUCGGAGUCGAGUUUGUUGUUGGAGGAUGCUCAGGUAUAUAA